AUGAGCAACGAAACCGAUCAGGAAACGCCUGCUACGGUUGGUGGGGAUGGGGAUGUUUUAAAAAGUUCCACCAUAACGGCUCAACAACAUCAUCAUCAUCACAUAAUGUCCACCAGCGUUGAGGAGGUGGAUGAACAGAUGCUGGAGAUGGCACAAUCGACGACCACCGUUAACAACAGCCAAGUGCAAAAGUCAUACAAACAUUUGCAUGAAUUUUCGGAGGAAAUGCUGGAAACGGAAAAGGCCGGCCUGGUGGAGCGUGUGUAUGAUCUCGAACGGCAAGUACUGGAGCACAAGGAUGAGAUCGUCUGCCUCAAGUCCACGCUGGCCGAUGUGUUGCGUCGGCUGGCCACGAUAGAUAACAGCUACGAGAACAGCACAAGUGGUAGUGGCCGUGGUGGAACUGGCACGCCUGCAGGAGGCGGAAUGAGUACGGGAGGUGGAGGAGGGGGAGGAGUACAUCAUGCGGUCAGUGAUAACGUGUCCGGCACUGUACAGAAUAGUAGUUUAUCCAGCAAAAGUUUUCGCUUCUCCCGCAAUACCCUCACGAGGCUGAAUUCUACGGUGGAGGAAAAACGUUUCGGCCGGGUACCGUCCCGUGUGACCAGCUCACCGUCACGCAUGAAGCCGAACCUCGCGCAAAAGGCCAUCCACUACUCUAACGGUUCGCUACAUUCCGACUCGAUGAGCAGCCAUUCGAUCUCACCGGCACCGUCCCCUUCGCCAAGGCAACCGAAUGCGUCCGCAUCCGUCAACUCGCACCAUGCACUGCUCGCGUCUUCCGGCAUGGGAAAACGGUGGUCCUCGACGGGGGAUUUCAUCAGCACGCCGGGCAGCCCGAGCGGCACCGGAAGCAGUGGAAGCAUGUCAAGGUUUUCGGCCAAAUCACUGCUGAAUCUCAGUGGCAAUUCUAGCCGCCAGGGCCAAUCGCAUCCGUAUGUGCAACGUAAAAACGACGAUGACGAGUACGUGAAGCUGUACAUCAGCGGGCGCCCGAUCGUCAUACACAUUCCCGAAGCACAACUGUCCACGUACGAGCUGACGAAGGUACAGCCGGCUCCAAAUAGACGUUUGCGGCUCGAUUGGGCGUACGGAUAUCGGGGCAAGGACUGUCGUUCAAAUCUGUACCAACUACCCACCGGGGAAAUGGUAUACUUUGUCGCAGCCGUCGUCAUCCUGUACAACAUGGACGAACACACGCAGCGACACUAUCUCGGCCAUACGGACGAUGUGAAAAGUUUGGCCGUACAUCCGAACAAGCUGCUCGUUGCUAGUGGACAGUGCGGUGGUCAUGAAGGACGCGAAUCGUUACCUCACAUCCUUAUCUGGAAUUCGGUCUCGUUGGCAACGCUAAACAUGGUUGGGUGUGGAGAAUUUACCGGGUCGAUCAAUUGUCUCUCGUUUAGCCGUGCGGACAGUGGCAACAUACUGGCCGCUAUUGACGAUUCGCCCGACAAGAUCAUAUCGAUAUGGGACUGGCAGAAGAAGGACGGUGGGCGUAAGAUCACCGAAACGAAGUGUUCCGUCGAUACGGUCGUUGCGGUCGAGUUUCAUCCGCUCGACAAGGGACAGAUCAUUACGAUCGGGAAGAAUCACAUCGCCUUCUGGUCGCUCGAUCAGAACGGUAUGCUGUACAAGCGGAUGGGUGUGUUUGAAAGCUUCGAAAAGCCGAAGUACGUGACGGCGAUCUCGUUCACGCAGGCGGGUGACGUCGUGACCGGUGAUUCCAGUGGCAAUUUGGCUGUCUGGAAGCGUGGCACUAACGUUAUUAGCCGGUUUCUGAAGAAAGUGCACGAAGGUCCCGUGUUUACGAUUUGCGCGCUAAGGAAUGGUGGAUUCGUGACGGGCGGUAAGGACGGAUUGCUGUUGCUGUUCGACGAUGCACUGCACAUGAAGGCGGAACAGAUAGUUGAAGCACACUUCGGUGCAGUACGUGUGGUGGCACAGGGCAAAGGUUCCCAACUGUUGAUCGGCACGACAAAGAAUUGCAUCCUGUCCGGCGACUUUACACUUAGCCUGGUACCGAUCGUGAUGGGUCAUACGGAUAUACUGUGGUCGCUGGCAACGCAUCCACAGGUGGCACAAUUCGUUACCGGUGGCAGAGAUAGACUGUUGCAGCUGUGGGAUUCGCUCUCGCAUUCGGUAGUGUGGAGCAAGGAUAUCGGCGAACCGAUACACUCGGUACAGAUAGCGAACAACGGUGAUGUUAUUGUGGCGGGAGGCGUUGGUGGCCGUUGGUCCGUGUUCGAUAUUGUGACGCGGGAACUGUUGGCGACGUACACCGACGGACAGGAGGUGAUACAGUGCCUGCAGUUCUCACCCGACGGGAAUCUGCUGGCGGUCGGUUCCAAAGACAACUGCAUCUACGUUUAUCAGUGCACGAAGGUGGCGCACCGAUUUUCCAAGAUUGGAAAAUGCACGGGUCAUUCUAGUUUCAUAUCACAUGUCGAUUGGUCAAAGGACAGCCAAAUAUUGCGUUCUAAUUCCGGCGAUUAUGAAAUAUUAUAUUGGAAUCCAACACUCUGCCGUCAAAUAACGAGCCAAAGCACGGUGAAAAACCUCGAAUGGGCCACCCAAAAUUGUUCCGUAAGCUUCGAAACAAUUGGUAUUUGGCCGGAGAACUUUGACGGCACGGAUAUCAACAGUGUGUGCAAGGAUGGUGAGGAACAAUUCCUUGUCUGUGCCGAUGAUUUCGGCAAAAUUCGACUGUUUAGUUUUCCCGCAUCGCAGCCAAAGUCGCUAUCGCAUAGUUACAAGGGUCACAGCAGUCAUGUAACGUCGGUACAAUUCAUGCACGAUGGCGUGCGUCUUUUAUCUGCCGGAGGUAUGGACACGAGUGUACUGCAAUGGAGAGUAGUGUAG